AUGGCAUCACACAAGCGCUUCUCAUUCCAAGGACCCGCCGUAACCCUGGGCGCUGCCGCCGCUACAUCCCGGUUGCAUCCAGCUGCUGCCGCCACUCAACCUCAACAACGGCAGUUCUCGCGACCCCAACACCAACUCGCACAGACGGACGGCGAGUUUGAGCUACGGCCACACAGCGAUGGAAGAUGGUUUGCUCUGAACAUUUCCUAUGGAAGCGGAACAAUCACCCGCAUCAUUGAAAAGUCGCCCGAAGGCUUCAUGGUGCUUGGAUCGCAGAGCAAGCGUGCUUUUCCAACGCUGGCAGCGCUGAUUGAGCACUACAUGGUCCCGUCUGUGGAUCUGCCGUGCCCGCUUCGCCGCCGCGCUCGCAAAUCCACACAUCCGCAAGCAUCCGCAGUCACAUCCACGCUCGCUUCUCAUCUUGCACACUCCCCACAACGCUCAGCCCGCCGUGUCGUGCAACACUGA